UUCUCCCUCAACUGUCUUCCUUCACGUGGUAGCCUCAGUUCAUACAUGCUUAUUUUGCAUUCUUCAACAUGUUGCUUCCUCCUAAAUGUUCUCAGCCUAGAGACGGUGGUGGAAGCCAUGGGUCUGAAAAGAUUGCUCAAGGAGAGAGUGUGCUGUGAGGAUGGAGAAGAGGAGGGGAGGAGAGAGUGGUGAUGAGACCCUGACGUGCACCUACACCUGAGGGCCCCUGAGGAAGAGGAGACCCAGAAGGGCUGUCACAGAAAAUGUGAGAUAGCCAGGGGAUGGACCGCAGUGGGGAAGUUACAGAGUGGAUGAGGAAAGGAGCACCGAGAGGUGUCCCCUGGAUUUAGCCGUCCAGAGACAUCUGUGACCUUGGCAGGGGCCGUUCCUCCACUGCUCUGCUGGAUGGUGAGGAGGCUGCUGCAGGGAAAGCAGGAACUCAGCAGAGAAUUAUUUGCUCUGAGUCACAGGUGGAAGUGUUGUAUUUUGCAAAAAGUGCUGAAGUAACAGGAAUUCGCUCAGAGACCAUUUCUGUGCCACAAGAAAUAAAAGCACUGCAGCUGUGGAAUGAGUUAGAAACGUACCACCCUGGAUUGGCUGACGUCAGAAAUCAGCACGCGGGAUCUUAGUUCCCCAAUCAGGGAUCGAACUUGUGGUCCCUGCGUUGGAAGCAUGGAGUCUUAACCACUGGACCACCAGAGAAGUCCCUUUGGCAAAUUUCAAUGCUGAGGAAAAGGAGCUGGCUGAGGAGGGGACAGUCUCUCCCGAUACUAAGGACAGCUCACUGUGACUCCCAGUAAGAACUUCAUGAGGUUGUUUCUGGACUUCCUUCCACCACAUAAGUUUACAAGGAGAAGCCAGUUGUCUGCAACCUGGAAAAGGGCUCUCACCAGACAUGGAAUCAGCCAGCGCCUUGUUCUUGGACUCCCAGCCUCCAGAACUAACUGCUGCUGCCAUCUUGGUUCCAGCCUGAGCAGGAAGCAAGCACUAAAAAGGCCAGAGCAGAGAGAUGGAAAAAACCCUGUGUCCAAGGUCAACGACCCAAAUGGAAAGUGAGCAAAGUAUGUGAAGACAAAGUUCACAGAAAAGGAAAAACAACCCCCAGGUCCGGAGGCGGGGGCCCGGCGACCGACUCCCGGGCCGAUCUUCGCGGUGGAGUAGACGCCCGCGAGUCCUAUAGUGCCACCUGAGCCGGAGCCCGGAGGACGCCGUCGCUUCUUCCCUGUCCGAGUCCCGCGCGCCGCGAUGGGCCGGGGGACCCGGCCGCCGCCGCCUCUGCUGCUGCUGAUGCUCCUGCUACUGCUACCGCCGUCUCCGAUUCGGGCGCUCGCCCCUCGGAUCAGCCUGCCUCUGGGCUCUGAAAAGCGGUCACUCCUCAGAUUUGAAGUGGAUCACAUCUCCAACUAUACAGCCCUCCUGCUGAGCAGGGAUGGCAGGACUCUAUAUGUGGGUGCUCGAGAGGCCCUCUUUGCGCUCAACAGCAGCGUCAGCUUCCUGCCAGGCGGGGGAUACCAGGAGCUGCUGUGGAGCGCAGAUGCAGAGAGGAAACAGCAGUGCAGCUUCAAGGGCAAGGACCCACAGCGGGACUGUCAAAACUACAUCAAGAUCCUCCUGCCACUGAACAGCAGCCACCUCUUCACCUGUGGCACCGCGGCCUUCAGCCCCGUGUGCACCUACGUUAACAUGGAGAACUUCACUCUGGCACAGGACGUGGUGGGGAACAUCCUCCUGGAAGAUGGCAAGGGCCGUUGUCCCUUUGACCCCAAUUUCAAGUCCACGGCCCUGGUGGUGGAUGGCGAGCUGUACACUGGAACAGUCAGCAGCUUCCAGGGGAAUGACCCGGCCAUCUCACGGAGCCAAAGCCUCCACCCCACCAAGACUGAGAGCUCUCUCAACUGGCUACAAGAUCCAGCGUUUGUGGCCUCAGCCUACAUUCCCGAGAGCCUGGGCAGCCUGCAAGGGGACGAUGACAAGAUCUACUUCUUCUUCAGCGAGACUGGCCAGGAGUUUGAGUUCUUUGAGAACACCAUCGUGUCCCGCAUUGCCCGUGUCUGCAAGGGUGAUGAGGGGGGCGAGCGGGUCCUGCAGCAGCGCUGGACGUCCUUCCUGAAGUCCCAGUUGCUGUGCUUGCGGCCUGACGAUGGUUUCCCGUUCAACGUACUGCAAGAUGUCUUCACGCUGAGCCCCAGCCCCCAGGAAUGGCGUGACACCCUCUUCUACGGGGUCUUCACAUCCCAGUGGCACAGGGGGACCACAGAAGGCUCUGCCAUCUGUGUCUUCACCAUGAGGGACGUGCAGAGGGCCUUCAAUGGCCUCUACAAGGAGGUGAACCGCGAGACGCAGCAGUGGUACACCGUGACCCACCCAGUGCCCUCGCCCCGGCCCGGCGCGUGCAUCACCAACAGCGCCCGGGAAAGGAAGAUCAACUCGUCCCUGCAGCUCCCCGACCGUGUGCUGAACUUCCUCAAGGACCACUUCCUGAUGGACGGGCAGGUCCGCAGCCGCCUGUUACUCCUGCAGCCCCAGGCCCGCUACCAACGUGUGGCUGUCCACCGCGUCCCUGGCCUGCAGCGCACCUAUGAUGUCCUCUUCCUAGGCACUAGUGACGGCUGGCUGCACAAGGCGGUGAGCGUGGGCCCCGGGGUGCAUAUCAUCGAGGAGCUCCAGAUCUUCUCAUCAGGACAGCCUGUGCAGAACCUGCUCCUAGAUGCCGACAGGGGAGUGCUGUAUGGUGCCUCACACUCGGGUGUGGUCCAGGUGCCCGUGGCCAACUGCAGCCUGUACCAGAGCUGCGGGGACUGCCUCCUGGCCCGGGACCCCUACUGCGCUUGGAGCGGCUCCAGCUGCAAGCAUGUCAGCCUCUACCGGCCUGCAGUGGCCUCCAGGCCAUGGAUCCAGGACAUCGAGGGGGCCAAUGCCAGGGAACUCUGCAACACUUCCUCAUCCAAGGCCCGGACUUCUGUAUCAAGAGGCAAGAAGCAUUGUGAGCCAGUUCAGUUCCAGCCCCACACAGUGAACACCUUGGCCUGCCCCCUCCUCUCCAACUUGGCAACCCGGCUCUGGCUGCACAACGGGGUCCCCAUUAAUGCCUCAGCCUCCUGCCGUGUGCUGUCCACCGGGGACCUGCUGCUGGUGGGCAGCCAGCAGGAGCUGGGGGAGUUCCAGUGCUGGUCGCUGGAGGAGGGCUUCCGGCAGCUGGAGGCCAGCUACUGCCCAAAGAUGGUGGAGGAUGCAGUGGCAGACCGAGCAGACCGGAGUGGCAGCAUGCCCGUCAUCAUCAACACGUCUCGGGUGAGCGCGCCGGCCGGAGGCAAGGCCAGCUGGGGUGCAGACAAGUCCUACUGGACCGAGUUCCUAGUGAUGUGCGCGCUGUUCGUGUUCGCCAUGGUGCUCUUCAUUUUAUUCUUCCUCUACCGGCACCGGGGCGGCAUGAAAGUCUUCCUGAAGCAGGGGGAGUGUGCCAGCGUACACCCCAAGACCCGCCCAGUGGUACUGCCACCUGAGACCCGGCCACUCAAUGGCAUGGGCCCCCCUAGCACCCAACUCGACCACCGAGGCUACCAGGCUCUGUCGGACAGCUCCCCAGGGCCCCGGGUCUUCACAGAGUCAGAGAAGAGGCCGCUCAGCAUCCAGGACAGCUUCGUGGAGGUGUCCCCGGUAUGUCCCCGGCCCCGGGUACGCCUGGGCUCUGAAAUCCGGGACUCUGUGGUGUGAGAGCAGACUUCUAGAGGCGGCCUCCCUCUAGGGGCCAGGAGUGCUCAGAGAGGGUCGGCUGGGCCUCUGCUCCUCGUGGAACACAGCCGCGGUGCCCAGCCCUUGGGAGCGAUGGAGCCAGUUCGCCUGCUGUGAAGCGGCAAGGCCCCUCCACCCCAGAUGGCCACAGCCCCACAGGGCCUGGCUGAAGAUCGGGGCCUGCCCGGGUGGGCAGAACAGUGCUCCUAUGUAAACUGAGCCCUUUGUUUCAAAACAGUUGAAAAUGUGAAACAAGAGAAAACAGUGAGAGAGCACAGAACGCCAUGCACACAGCCGGCCCAGCCUCCGGACUGGGAGGGCUCAUCCAAAGUGGUUGUUGGAGACAAGAGUUGGACAUCCCAUACCAACUGGCCUCUUCCACCUUCCGCCUUAUCCUACUGCCACAGGCUGCCCCUUCUCACGGCAGAGCCAGGGGCCAGCUCGGGCUCCAGUGGGUCCAGCCUCGCCAGCUGGCCCAGUUGUUGCAGCCAUCAUCCUGUCACCUCAGGGACCAGAGGGCCACGCUGGCACCACAGCCCUCACGAGGCCCUGGGCUCAGACCCACCUCCUGGACCUUUCCGGCCUGUAUCAGGUUGCGGCCACAUGAGAGAGACAGAGGGCAGCGUGAGCCCAGGAGAGAGUAUAUGACAAAUGUACACCUUCCCUCGGAAUUCCAGGAAGACUGUUGCCUGCCUUCCUCCAUCCCAGCCUGCAAACCUGUGUCCCUUUUCCCCACACCUGCCCUGGCCUCCUCUUCAAAACCAGUCCCCAGUUCACCCCUACCCUUGCAGCCUCCACUCUAAGGGAUGUUGAUACUGCCCAGCACAGCGGCCCUGAGUUUAUGUGGGUUUUGUAUUCUUUUUAAUAAAAUGCACUUUACUUUUUUUUUUUUUAAUAAAAUCUAAAGAAUUGAAA